UUACGUUAUAUCGCCCAGCUCUAGUAUACCAGAAGGUACUAAAAGUAGUGGAGGUACUAGUUUCGAUGUCAUCACUAUUAUUCUACAAUGUAGAAAAUAGUACAAAUAAAGAAACCCUGGAAUGGAAUACAUCAAAUUCCAUCUGAUUCUCAACCUACCACUCGCGUCACCAUGGAAGCGGUCCGUUUGUGUCAUGUUGUAUUCGCCAUUUUGAUGCUUCUUGGCGUGGGCUACGGCGAUGAAUGUCUCUACUACAGCGCAGCUAGCUAGAUUAGCUACAAACAUUCAACAUAGAAUCUCAUACAGUUACAAGGGGAUUUCUAUGAGUAUUAUUAAUCGGACAUUUAACCGAUGAGGUCAUGAAGACUUGGGAAACGUUUUCGUACCCCGGACGUCAAAUUUGAACGAAUAAUCGGAAUGCGAAGUCAUAAUUUGUCUGUUUUCUAACUUCGCCAGUUAAGGUUAAGUAGUUAGCCAAGCUAGCCACCACCAGGUUGCUACUCAGCCGCAAUCAUUGAAGACGUAGCUAAAAGCUAUCUAUGAUAUUGAAUUAUAUGGAAAACAUCAAUCAGAAGAGGUACUGGCAGCGACGUCGCCCUGACACUCCAUUUCUGAACAAUGAAUGAUGUUAGAAGCAAUGGAAACAUCUAGUGGGCUACCUAGUUACCAAUGCAGUUAGCUGAAAUACAACAGGGGUUUUCAAAUAUAACAUUCCACUGUGCUUUUUUUUCGUCGUGGCUAUGUAGGGAAAGCACACCAACCUACAAGUGGUUUUAUUUUCACUCAACGUUGCUUUCACUGUUCACGUUCCAGUUGUCUCGUAGAACAAAACAAAGAACAUUUAUUCAUAAGAAGUAUUUUAAUGUAAUGCAUUGAUUAUGCUUGGACAUGUUCAAAUGUCUUUCCCAAUACCAGCUGCCUACAGGUGUAAAACGUAUUGUUGAACUGACUAUUACCAUAUAAAGACAUAUCUGAGUGCAAUUUUACUGGACGGCAACCACAGUAUUGCCACUCUGAAAUACAGCAUCGAAGAGGCUAAAUCUACCCACCAACAUGACGAUUCAAAGUAAAGGACAAUAUUGCUGUCCUCACAGAAAAGUGAAUGCUUCUUUAGAUUUUCCCCUUUGACCACAUCCAAAGGACCAUCAAUGAUGAUUUUUGGAUUGAUACCCCAAGAGUUACACGAAAAGCUCCUAGACCUCAAAAACUACCAAAAUCGAACAAAUGGUGUGGAACAGCUGAAAAAUAUCCUCUUUGGAUUGGACUUGAAGCCAGUCCCCUCAGACAGUAUUGUGGAGUUUAUCAAUUUUCUCCGCAGACUUCUAGAUGACAGCAACUUCAAAGUCUUGUACGGCACUUUACAGGUGAUAAACCUACUCAUUCAGAAAUUGGAUUACAAUGUAGACAAAUAUUUCAAACAAUUAGCGUGUGUGGCUCUGAAAACCCUUGGGGACACCCGCGCUGUCACCAGGAAUGAGUAUAUGAAUGUGUUCAGGCAGUUGACUAGAAUUGUAGGGCCACAGAAAGUGUUGGACCUUGUCAUUGGACACCUGAGACACAAGAACUCCCGGGUCAGAGAGGAUGUCAUCAACAUCAUCACAGCAGCUAUGCUCACCCACCCCAGGAAGGACUUCAACAUCCCCAGCCUCUGCUUUGAAGUUGCCCCAUACCUGGCAGACAGCAAGAAGAAGGUUCGCCAUGCAGCCCUAGAACUAUUUGCUGUUUUUGACCAUUGCCUUGACACAGGGAAAAAACAGCCCCUAAUGAAGGCUGUAGACAGAGUUGAGCUCAAUGGGGAUGAGGAGGGUCUUAUGGCAGCUGUGCAAGCAAGAAGAGCCAGGCACAUACUUCCCAGACUGUCCUCAGAUGGAAUGGUGGAGUAUGCCCUUGUAAUCCCUAAACCAGGACAACGAUGCUCACCUCAGUUUGGGUCGGGAGCUGACCUGGAGUGGGUGCUCAAUGGUGGGCGGAUCAGCAGUGCCAGGAACAUCAGGACAGAACCAGACUCUGACAGGCUGUAUCAUGGUUAUGGAAGCUUGGGCUCCCUCGUUGAUGACCUUCCACUGCAGAGGAGAAUUGUCAGUGCAGGCAAAGGGAAGAACAAACUGCCCUGGGAGAGGUCAAGCCUCCCUUCCACAGUGAACACCCAGCCACGCAGUGCUCCUAAGGGGAAAUCCUCUGAUCAGGUCAUCAGUGAAGACUGCCUGUCCCAUUCCCGGAAGCUGAGUCCGGAGACAUAUGUCCCCAGUUUUGGUUCUGCAGAGCCGCAUAAAACCCUGUCCUCUAGGAGGGAAUCCCUGGGACGCUUGAGAAGGAGUGGGAGCCUUGACUUAGACCCUGACAUCUUUAAAUCUACCAAGUUCUCUGACGCAGAGGGAGUGGUACACAAGGCCCGUCUCCUCUCUGGGACCUCCGGCUUUGAGCACACCUUAGCCAACCCCUCGGCCCAGGGCACCUUCCUACUGCCCUCCUACCCUCUGGCUACACUCCCCGGGGGCCUGCUGACCCCAACACUGUCCCACCGCUGCGCUGACUCCUCACUGUCAAUGUCCAACACUUGGCCCAACAAGAGAGAGAGCAGCCCCCAAAGACGAGACCCCAGCCCCUGGAAAGACAUAUCAAGUGACUUCUCAUCCAGCAGGUGUUCUCCACGGCCUCACCGUGCUUCUCUGGUGAGCUCCUCAUCUGCCUCGUCUUUCCGACAGGCUCUGAGCAGGACGCGGACCGGGCUGCCUAUCUCCCCAUCCCCAGGCCUUCUCCUGCCAGAGCGAGGCUUGUCUCUGAAUGGCCAGUGGUCUAGUCCUCUAGCUCCAUCUCCAUCCAGCCUGCAGGACCACCUGUCUGAGAGGGACCUUCACCUAGACCUAGAUCACCUCAGCCUGCAGGACCAAGACCAGGAAGAGGACCCCUUGGACCGGCAGGAGAUGUUGAACUCCCUGCGCUCUCUGCGCUGCAGCGCAGCUAAGAAGAAGGCCAAGGUGAGUCUGAGUGGCUCAGACCCUGACCCAGAUAGCCCAGACUCAGCCAUGAAACUGGAGCUGGCUCUGGACUCCCCCUCUCACAACUCCCCCACCGUCACCAGCCCAGCUAGCGAGAGCGGCCUCUCCAGCCUCUACUCACCCCCAAACACCCCCCUCAGUGGCACCAAAACCAGCCCUGGGAAUUCUGCCUCCUCUUCAACAAAGCCUCACAUUGCUAGAGUGCCUUCUGCUAAACUGAGAUCUUCCGUCUCCAUGGACUUCAGUGCCCUUCAAGGCUUUCCAGUCAGAGAUAAAAUCAUACCUGAAGUGAGUGUGGUUGGUCAAAGAGUCACCUACUUGAACGGACCAAUGGAAACUGAGGAAGAGGACAGGACUACAGAAUACUCUCCACCCCCAAGUAGACUAGCCUGCCGGGAGCCAAUCAGAGCCCUGAGGCCUGCCAAAGGUUCCCAGAGCUACAGCAACAGGAACUCACCAGCCACUGACAUGCCUGAAGGUGUGGUUGGCAGAGGAGUGUUUGGCUCUGUGGUUUUGUCCAGCCGUCCAGGCGUUGCCAUGUUGAUGGACCAGGGCGACUGUAUGACCAGGCUGCCCAGUGACCCCCCAGCUGGCAUCUAUGGCCAUGCAGUCCCCGGCAACCAUCUGGACCCCGAAGACAUCCCAGCCUCAGAGGUGGCCAGGGAUAAGGAGAAGGUGAGAAUGACACGGUUUGCUCGGGACAAGAUGCGGCAGCACCGAUUGGAGCAGCAGGAGGGCCAGCCUGCCCUGGGGGAUCGCCAGAGAGCUGACAGGAUGCGUCUGCGCCUCAGACAGGUGCAAAAUGACGUGGCUACAGAGGAUACAGCAGCCAUUUCCAACGACUUUCAUUUUAAUGGUAACAUGGUGACGUCCACCAAGGCUGACUCUCUCCAAGACGAGUCUCCCACCAGCCCCCAGGGAUCCCAGAGCCCUAUUAAAUGUUUCAGUCCCCCCCACCAGCCCAGCCCCCCCACGGUCCCUGCCAACCCCAGGAGCACCCUGCCCCGCCUGAGGAGGGCUCCCAGUCUCAGCAGGACACGGCUGUCUCUCUCACACAGCUCAGAUGAGAUGUCCCCAGGCAUUCCCAGCCAGAAGAGAGACCUGACAGAGCAGCCUGAACUACGGCCCUUCUCCAAACCUGAGCUAGCACUGACACAGAGCUUCAAACUCCUCAACUCAGACGACUGGGAGAAGAAGAUUGAGGGCCUGACCUUUCUCCGUGGGCUGACGCAGUACCAUUCAGACAUACUGCUUAACAGGCUGCAUGACGUCUGUCUCGCACUCAUCCAAGAGGUGAGGAACCUUCGUUCGGGUGUGUCCCGUGUUGCGGUUGGGGCAAUGGGUGAGCUGUACACUGCGCUGCAGAAGGGCAUGGACCAGGAGCUGGAGGGCACUUCCAAGGCUCUGCUGCAGAAAGCUGGGGAGUCCAACGCCUUCAUCAGACAGGAUGUGGAUGCAGCGUUGGACAGCAUGGUGCAACACUGCACCCCGACACGCAGCCUGAACGCUCUGCUCACCAGCGGCCUCGGUCACCUGAACUCUGUGGUGAGGAAGUGCGCGGGUCAUCACAUGGCCAACCUGAUGGAGAACAUUGGUGCUGCCCGCCUGCUGUCUGGAGGGAAAGACCUCACCGACCGAAUACUACCUGCCGUCACCAAGCUAGCACAAGACUCCUCCCAGGAAGCUAGGUACCAGGGGCGCCGCAUGCUGUUAUUUCUGUCACUGCACAGUGAUUUCGAUAAGAUGUUGGAGAAAUAUAUCCCUGCCAAAGACCUGGCUCCCAUCAGAGACACUGUCGCCACACUGAACACUAAGGGCCUGGGAGAGAUGCCCCAGGACACCCCGUCAGCCAGGGGCCGGCGUUCCCACCCUGGCAGUGGGACAGUGAGGGCCUCAUCUCUCAACAGGGAACCACUCAAAGUGGUCAACAGGGAGUCUGGGCAGUACAACGGAAGACCUCAAGCUCACAGCAUUGCAGACAAGAUUGAGUACAUCAAGCAGCUCACAGCCCUGCUGGGUUCAAAGGACUUUAGAGAGCGCAUCAAGGGCAUCGACCAGCUAAUGGUGGACUGCGAGCACAACCCCAACAUGGUCAUCAGCAGUAUCUUUCCGGUGUUUGAUGCCUUUAAGGCCAGACUGCAGGAGUCCAACAGUAAGGUCAACCUGUACGCUCUAGAGUCUCUGCAGAAGAUUGUCACUGUGAUGAAGGAUAACCUUGCCCAGGUAAUCUACAUCCUGGUCCCAGCCAUCGUGGACAAUCACCUCAACUCCAAGAACAACGCUAUCUACACUGCUGCUAUUGGAGCCAUCCACACACUCAUCCAAAACCUGGAUAACGCUCUCCUCCUCCAGCCCUUCUGCACCAAGGCCCAGUUCCUGAGUGGUAAGGCUAAGGUGGAUCUCAUAGAGAAGGUUGCAGAUCUGGUGACAGAAUUAUAUCCCCGUAAGCCCCAGGUGGUGGAACAGAAGGUGUUACCCCUGCUGUGGCACCUCCUGGGCACAUCCAGCCACAGCGGCACUGUCCACAGCCGGGGUGGCAGCGUGCGGGGGGCCACCUCCAACCUGUGCCAAGCCCUCUACACCCACAUGGGGCCUGGGCUGGCAGAGUUUGCCGCUUCCCAGUCUGCCAACGUCCACAAGAGCCUCAACGAGCUCAUGAGGACCCUCUCCUACCCCUGAGGGACACUCAGAAAACACAGCCUUCAAAACACAAUCAACCCCCCCAGACAGAAGAACAGAAACACUGACCUUCCUUAAAGACAGAGAUGUUCUACAUUUCUGAUAGUGCCUGCACUUUUUUAACGUUACAGAGUAUAGAAAGUCCUUAAGAUGAGAGCCCUUAAAUCAACCCUCUUCUCAGCGAGCUAUGGUGUCCUUUAAUAAAGGAGCACAGGCAGACAGAGACUUCAGCUGUUGGCAUCAGGUCUUACACUCUCAACAACCUGCCCUCUUUGCACUUUGAAGAAGUCGCUCACUAUCAUGAUAGUUGUCGUCAUGAAUAUGGCUUGGUAUCUAUCGUCAUAUGUUUGUUGCUGUUGUUGUUUUUUAUGAAUCUUAUGGGUACGCAAAUCAGAGACAACAUUAUGAAGAAUGUACAUUUGAAAUGCACAUAAAGGAAACGGGACCUGAAAGAUGUAUAUUUUAGCUGUUUCAUUUGAUGUGAAAUUUCUAAGAUGUCUUAUGCGGUUGUUUAAAAGAUUUGUCAGAGUGAAGAUUAAUGAUUACAAAUAUUUUGUAUAGCUCAAAUGUGUGAUUGCACAGUAUUAGCCUAAUCUGUAUGCUGUACGAUGUUGCUGUUGCAUAUUGUAUAUGGUUUGUAAGUCUUAUUGUAACAAUUAGUUGAUGAAGUGGUGUUCUGGCAUGUCUUAGCAUUUUACUUUUUGCAUGACCAAAAUGUACCGACGUGAUCAAAAAAUAUAUUUAUAUUUUUGUUAAGGAUAUAUAUAUAUAUAUAUAUAUGUGUGUGUACACCGAUGCCUAACUCAACUUUGGGUGUAAACCAAUUAUACUGGCUGAGUGUAACAGUGAAACCAUUUAUGUUUAAACUAACGACUGAUACAGAGACGGUGAAGCCCAGGUCUGUGAUUCUGUUUCAGUAUAGUGCCAGUCUUAACGUAGCCUUUCACUAUUCUAUGUUUAAAUUAUAUUGAACUUGUUUGUUAACGAGAUGAAAGACUGACUGAUAUUUAAAGUGUUUAUUUCUAUAAACUAUAUGCUUUGGUUUUUUUUUAUUUACUUAGUUGCUUCACAUCUUUGUUGAACUUUCCUAUGCUAUCAUUGUAAUGCCUCAGCUCAGUGUGGUUGGCCUUGUUGCCUUGUGUCGCCUAAAGGGGGAAAAGAGGAUAGGUUUGUUCCUGGUCUUUAACUGUCUUGAGGAAGAUAGGGCUGUAAAGUAAGGAUCUAUUUCCAAUUAGUGGGAUUAGACAUGCAAGAUUGAGCAUCUGAGUCAUUAAAACAAGACCACUGUCACUGAUUUA